UUCGAAUUUGUCAGCAUGAUGAUUAUCCUUCUGAACUGUGUAACUCUGGGAAUGUAUCAACCUUGUGAUGAUAUCGACUGUUCAUCAGAGCGUUGCAAAAUCUUGCAGACAUUCGAUGACUUCAUCUUUAUCUUCUUUGCCAUGGAAAUGAUGGUCAAGAUGGUUGCUUUGGGAAUAUUUGGAAAGAAGUGUUAUCUUGGGGACACCUGGAAUCGACUUGACUUCUUCAUUGUCAUGGCAGGAAUGGUUGAAUAUUCAUUAGACCUUCAAAACAUAACAUUAUCUGCAAUCAGAACUGUCCGGGUUUUAAGGCCACUCAAAGCAAUCAACAGAGUGCCAAGUAUGAGAAUCUUGGUGAAUUUGCUCCUUGAUACAUUGCCGAUGCUAGGAAAUGUCCUUCUGCUGUGUUUCUUUGUUUUCUUCAUCUUUGGAAUAAUUGGAGUACAACUCUGGGCGGGGCUACUGAGAAACCGUUGCUUUUUACAAGAAAACUUCACACUAUACAAUGGUGUUACCCUUCCACCGUAUUAUCAGCCUGACAAAGAUGAGGAAACUCCAUUCAUUUGUUCACUGCCUGCCGACAAUGGUAUCAUGACCUGUAAUGACAUCCGGCCACUAAAGGAAGAUGGGCACGAGUGUUGUUUGGACAAAGAUGAUUACAUUUACUACAACUCCAUUGGGCAAGAGCUUAAUGUCAGUGGGGGCUGUGUCAACUGGAAUCAGUAUUACAAUGUCUGCCGCAGCGGGACCUCCAAUCCUCAUAAAGGUGCCAUCAACUUUGAUAACAUCGGGUAUGCUUGGAUUGUCAUAUUUCAGGUCAUAACUCUGGAGGGCUGGGUUCAGAUAAUGUACUAUGUGAUGGACGCGCAUUCCUUUUACAACUUCAUUUACUUCAUUCUGCUCAUUAUAGUAGGCUCCUUCUUCAUGAUUAAUCUCUGCCUGGUUGUAAUAGCAACUCAGUUUUCUGAGACAAAGCAGCGGGAACAUCAGCUGAUGCAGGAACAAAGGGCACGUUAUCUAUCUUCAAGCACAGUGGCUAGUUUUGCAGAACCUGGAGACUGCUAUGAGGAGAUUUUCCAGUAUGUCUGUCACAUCCUUCGUAAAGCUAAGAGACGCACUGUGAGUUUCUAUACAGGCCUACAGACCCGAAGCCAGAAACAUCAUCGCUGGGGUAGCUUGAAGGUUGGAGUAAAUGGAAGAGAGAAAGGCCACUCCUGGUCUUGUCAGAAAAAUGCCCAGUUGGAGUAUACACCUCAUGCCAUUGUUCAGCCUAUAGCACUGACUCUAACAUGUGACACAGGCCACUGCCCAAAGUGUAACAACAUUCAGCAUCACACCAACAGCAGAUCGUCAGUUACCACAAGCAUGAAUUCAGUACAAGAGGAAGUAAAUGAGUUAGAUGUAGAAGAUGGGACUGGUGAUGGCUCCAACACAGAGAAAAAGGAGGAAGAGAAGAAAGUGGAGGAGAUAAGUUACUGUGAAGGUCUGUAUAUUAAGAUACGGAUCAAGCUGCGAGAUAUUGUGGAGAGCAAGUACUUCAGUCGUGGGAUUAUGAUGGCCAUUCUUGUCAACACAAUCAGCAUGGGCAUAGAGCAUCACGAACAGCCAGAGGAGCUUACAAAUGUUUUGGAGAUCAGCAACAUUGUCUUUACAAGCAUGUUUGCCCUAGAGAUGGCCCUCAAACUAACAGCCUUUGGAUUCUUUGACUAUCUCCGAAACCCGUACAAUAUCUUUGAUGGUAUCAUUGUCAUUAUAAGUGUGUGUGAGAUUGUUGGACAAUCAGAUGGUGGUCUCUCAGUCCUUAGAACAUUUCGUCUUCUUCGAGUGCUGAAACUUGUGCGUUUUAUGCCUGCAUUGAGGCGUCAGUUAGUCGUUCUAAUGAAGACCAUGGACAAUGUGGCUACAUUCUGUAUGCUCCUUAUGCUUUUCAUCUUCAUAUUCAGCAUCCUUGGAAUGCAUAUAUUUGGAUGUAAAUUUAGUCUGAAGACAGAUACAGGAGACACUAUUCCUGACAGAAAAAAUUUUGACUCCUUGCUCUGGGCCAUUGUCACAGUAUUUCAGAUCUUGACACAGGAAGACUGGAAUGUGGUUUUGUAUAAUGGAAUGGCCUCUACUUCCCCAUGGGCUGCUCUCUAUUUUGUAGCUCUGAUGACAUUUGGCAAUUAUGUCCUUUUUAACUUACUUGUUGCCAUCUUAGUAGAAGGCUUUCAAGCAGAGGGAGAUGCCAACUACUCGUAUUCAGAUGAAGAGCAAAGUUCUUCCAACUCUGAAGAGUGUGAAAGAUCUAGAGAACUGCAUCAUCUGUCUGAUCCAAAGAUGUGUUCCAUUCCAAUGACACCUAAUGGACACCUUGAUGCCAUCUCAUCACCAUGCCCACCAAUUGCUGGUGGCAUCAUUGCCUCAUCCAGGAAUUCUCUGCAGCGUGAUCAAGUCCACAUAAUGGUUGGGUCAAGAAAAGGUAGCAUCAUGUCAUUGGGAAGAGCUAACUAUGACCAGAAAUCAAUGUCAAGUUCUCGAAGCUCACAUUAUGGGCCUUGGGGUCGUGGUACUGCCUGGGGAAGUCGACGUUCCAGCUGGAACAGUUUAGGUCAUGCUUCAAGUCUGAAACGUAGGCUGCAUUCUGGAGAGCAUGAAUCCCUUUUGUCUGGUGAAAGUCGGAAAGUGCUGGAAGAACUUGAAGAAUAUAAGAUAGGAAGGCAUCGUCGAUCCUCAACCAAGAAGAGAAGAACACAUUCUUUGGACACCAAGGGGUCUUCUGAUGUACCGGAAGUUGCCAAAGGUUCAUGUAGUCACAGAUGCUGUAGAACGAAUAGUGCAGUACUGGGCUCAAGUGAUCAUCAUGACUGCAAUGGGAAGACUGUGAAUUUAGCAAAGGAGGUUUUUCCUAAAAUGAACAACAGAAAAGACCAGGAGGAGUAUGAUGAAGAAAUCGAUUAUAGUCUCUGUUUUCGUAUCCAGAAGAUGAUAGACGUGUACAAACCAGAGUGGUGUGAAGUACGGGAAGACUGGUCCGUCUACCUUUUCUCACCUCAGAACAGAUUUCGACUCAUGUGCCAGAUGAUCAUUGCUCAUAAACUCUUUGAUUACGUGGUCCUGGUUUUCAUAUUUCUCAACUGUAUCACUGUUGCACUGGAACGGCCAGAGAUUGAGCAGAAGAGCACAGAAAGAAUAUUCCUCACUGUCUCCAACUAUAUAUUCACAGCCAUCUUUGUUGCAGAGAUGACACUGAAGGUGGUAUCUCUUGGAUUUUAUUUGGGUGACCAGGCCUACCUCCGUAGCAGCUGGAACAUCUUGGAUGGAUUCCUGGUUUUUGUUUCUCUCAUUGACAUAGUUGUCUCAAUGGCAUCUGCAGGUGGAGCCAAGAUCCUUGGAGUUCUCAGGGUUUUACGACUCCUUCGUACUCUUAGGCCACUCAGGGUAAUUAGCCGAGCUCCAGGUCUAAAGCUGGUAGUGGAAACUCUUAUUUCCUCACUGAAACCAAUCGGCAACAUUGUCCUCAUCUGCUGUGCCUUCUUCAUCAUCUUUGGAAUCCUUGGAGUGCAGCUUUUUAAAGGCAAAUUUUACCACUGUCAGGGGCAAGACACACGUAACAUCACCAGCAGGCUCGACUGUGCCAUGGCAAAGUACAAGUGGGUCCGCCACAAAUACAACUUUGAUAACCUUGGACAGGCCCUAAUGUCCUUGUUUGUUCUGGCAUCCAAAGAUGGCUGGGUUAAUAUCAUGUACAAUGGGCUAGAUGCUGUGGCCAUCGACCAUCAGCCAAUGACCAACCAUAACCCUUGGAUGCUGCUGUAUUUCAUCUCCUUCCUUCUUAUUGUUAGUUUCUUUGUCCUGAACAUGUUUGUUGGAGUCGUGGUAGAAAAUUUUCACAAGUGCCGGCAACACCAAGAAGCAGAAGAAGCAAAGAGAAGGGAAGAGAAACGCCUGCGGAGACUAGAGAAGAAGCGCAGGAAGGCACAAAGGCUACCAUACUACGCCAGUUACAGCCCAAUACGUCUGCUCAUCCACACAGCCUGUACCAGCCACUAUCUGGAUAUUUUCAUAACAUUUAUCAUCUGCCUUAAUGUUGUUACAAUGUCUCUGGAACACUACAGUCAACCACAGUCCCUUGAGACAGCUUUGAAGUAUUGCAAUUAUAUGUUCACCACUGUGUUUGUCUUGGAGGCAGUACUAAAGCUUGUUGCCUUUGGACUACGUCGAUUUUUUAAGGACAGGUGGAACCAGCUGGAUCUGGCUAUUGUGCUCCUGUCUGUCAUGGGCAUCACCUUGGAAGAGAUCGAAAUCAAUGCUGCCCUUCCCAUCAACCCCACAAUCAUACGAAUUAUGAGGGUUCUUCGCAUUGCUAGGGUGCUAAAGCUUUUGAAGAUGGCCACAGGGAUGAGAGCUUUACUCGAUACUGUAGUGCAGGCACUACCGCAGGUGGGGAAUCUCGGGCUGCUGUUCAUGCUGCUGUUUUUUAUCUAUGCUGCCCUUGGAGUAGAACUGUUUGGGAAACUGGUUUGUGAUGAAGACCACCCAUGUGAGGGAAUGAGCCGACAUGCCACAUUUGAGAAUUUUGGAAUGGCUUUUCUAACACUUUUUCAGGUUUCGACAGGAGACAAUUGGAAUGGAAUAAUGAAGGAUACACUGCGGGACUGCACUACAGAUGACAGGAGCUGCCUCAGCAACCUUCAGUUUAUAUCACCUCUUUACUUUGUGAGCUUUGUGCUCACAGCCCAGUUUGUCCUGAUAAAUGUGGUUGUUGCUGUCUUGAUGAAACACCUGGAUGACAGUAACAAAGAGGCACAGGAAGACGCAGAACUGGAUGCCGAGAUUGAGAUGGAGCUUGCUCAGGGACUCUGUUCUGCUCAGGGUCCUGGCUCUCCAGCCCUUGGACCUGAUGCCUUAAACAAUAAAGGUGGAAAAGCUAUAGAAGAAGGACAUGAAGCUGGAAAACACCACUCACCUGCACAGGAGAAUAUGUGGCUGGAUAGCGUCUCACUGAUAAUCAAAGACUCUUUUGAAAGUGAACUGCUCAUGAUUGAUAAUCUUUCUGGGUCCGUUUUUCAUCACUACUCCUCUCCACCAAUGUGUAAGAAUUGUCAACAUGACAAGCAUGAGGUUCGCUUGGCAGAAACAGAAGCGUUUUCCCUAACCUCAGACAAGUCUUCCUCUGGAGCUCUGGCUGAUGAUUUAAGCUUGGAUGAUCACAACAUUGAUCAGCUUAAUGCAAAAGAAGGCAAGAUGGUUUCAUCUAUAAAAAGACUGUUACUUAAAGCAAACAAUCCAUUGUUGCAAACAGCAGAUGUUAGUAAAUCUCAAGAUGUCUCUACAGGCAAUGAUACUAAAGAACUGAACAAACUGCUAGUAACACUGGAGAAAAAAGUAAGUAGCUACAAACAACUACAAUGGCAAAGAUUUAGUUUUUCAGCAUACUUAGAAUUAGGUAUUGUACCUAGAGGGCUUUGGAUAUUAAAGAUGCCCUCCUAUGGCAAUACAUAUGAGGAACUGCUGAUAAAAUGGCAACAGCUUAAUUUAGAAUUAAGCGCAAACUACAUGAAACUCAUGAAUGAGUUUUUUGUAGCAGUUGAACAAUCUUUAUUGCUAGAGAUAGAAGCCCUGGAAAAACAAGUAUUGGAGUGUGCUAAAGGAGAUACAAAUAAUGAAUAUUAUCAAACUUUUAUUGAGAAUGUGCAUAUUAUGGACAGUAGACUUGAGCUAAAGAAAAAACGCAAACUGCAACGUGAUGUACAAGAUUUUAAAAAUGGGCAUAUCUUCUCAUGGCCCAAACCAGAAUAUAAGUACUCAAAACCUGUCAAUAAUAAUAAGAACUAUGAGCAGAAUAAGAACUAUGAGCAGAAUAAGAACAAAAAUACAAAAACAAGGCUAUUAGAUCAACUUGAUGAAUUUCACUCGCCGCAACCGGCUCUAGCUACACCCACACCUGCUAGCCUGCAAGCUAGUAUGCACGACGCUAUUCUAGUGACGUCGCAACGUUCCGAUGAAGGAGGAUCAAGAAUUGACGGAGUUACGGUUGAACCUGUUGUAGCAGUCAAUAGCCCUGAUACAGCCCAUAUAUCGAGUGUAUCCACUCCAAUGAAACAACAGAAAAUAGACUUAAAAAAUAAAAAGCAAGCCGAGAUAUCGGCUUUUUUACCGUUCCGGUUGAAACAGCCGGAAAAAGUAAUACUUCGGCAGUUGCAGCAGGAGAAGAAUUUGAAUGUAGCAGUACAACAGCAGCAAGGAACGCAAGGGGCGAAAAGAAAGAACGACAGCCCAAGACAAGAUGAGCAGGACAGUUCUGAAUCUGCUAAACUGGAUGACACAGCUGAAGAAAUUGCUGUAGUUAUAUGUACAACUGUUUCAUCAUUCAAUGACAGCAGUCAGCCAGCAAUAAAAAAAUCUGAUUCUAGUAAUCAGCAAGACUGGAAGCUUUGGCCACACACAAAAGAAAAAUGUGCAAUUGAUCCUAAUUGCUCAUCCCCAGACACUGCAAGACUUCAGUUUCCAGCAGAGUUCUUUCUUCCAUCCAUGCCUGCCACAGACAACAUCAGUGGAGAAGCCUCCAUCCAUUGUGGACUACCCAUGAUGUCUUCAUCUGGAUCUUGGGCGUCAUUGCGAUCUCCUCCUGUGAACUGUCCUCUUUACAGACAGUCUGCUGAAAGUAGUUCAAUUGAUUCUAAAAGUGGUUCUGAAGAGAGCCUGCAGACAACGCUGGAAGACAGCCUGAACCUGAAUGAAUCCCAACAGUGCACUUUACAUCUUCCAGCAACGUGUGCAACCACAGCAUCUCAUAUAAUUCAGGCACAGUUAGCGCCUACUUCUCUUAAGCAAGGAGUGUAUAAUCAGCGAAGCUUCACACUACGGAACACAAGGGGGCACCAGCGAAGCCACAGUAGUGGAGGAAGUACCAGCCCUGGAUAUACUCAACAAGACUCCAUGGACCCUUCAGAUGAAGAAGGGGUGGGAAGCAGUAUAAGGGCAAAUAGUGAACAAUCUGAGACAUUAAGCAGCCUGUCUUUGACUUCCUUGUUUUCUCACUCAUCAUUAGCUCCAGUACUUAUUAAGAAAUGCAACAGCACAAGCAGCUUGGAUGUUGUUAGCAGGAGCAAAGACACUAAGCAGUUAUAUGCUGUUGACCCACAAGGAUUCUUGUCCACUCCAUCUUGGGUUACAGACUUCUGCAAAACUUCCCAUUCUUCAAGUGGUGAAGAGGAGAAAGGCAAUGGACAACAGUUAGAAAAUGAUGAAAUUCCAACAAUACAUAGGCCAUCCAUCCACUCAGGAUCAGAGUAUAGGAGUCCUGCCAUUAAGAAGAAGAGAUGAGGUUACAGACAAAUGAUAGGAUAAUUUCUGAGAUUCAGAAGUAGCAAAAUAGCUUGCUUACCUCACUGAGUUUGGAGCACAGUGGUUUUACAAAUUAGGUGUGAAAUGCAACAGUGGUCUACAGGGCUUUGUCUUCUAUGAAUUAAAAGAAGACCUAUAGGAAUGAAUGGACUGCAUCUUAUUUUAACUUCCAAAGUGGAAAACAAUUUCAAAAUCUUGAGGGAAUGUAAAAUACAAAUAAUGUGAUGCAAAGAUUUAUUAGGAGAUUGAUUCUUUGGAAAUGUUCUUUAUUUUCUUCCAUUAACGUGGCUUGACUAGCUGCUUCCCCUUUGUCUGACUCCCUGGCACAAAUUGUUCUAAAGUGGGGGGUGCCUUCUGGUGGAAGAAAUUAAGGAGAAACAGAAUUGCUCCGAAUGUGUUUAGAAGGCUGCUAAAAAGACUAAUUUCUUCACAUACUGACUGAAGCCCAAAGGUAUUAAAUGCAAAAAUCCUUCCCAACAUACCAGGUUAUGAAUUUUGUCUGAUAAAAACUGUGCUAUAUAGCUAUAACAUGUCAGACAAUUAUAUUUUGAAUUUUACACAGACUUUGUGGCUGCUGGUAAAAGAGAACUUUUCUUGUCAGUCUCUAGCUGUAAUGCAUCACACUUGUUUAGUUCCCUUCUUAUUUUCACUAAGAGUUAUUUGCAGGCAAUAAGCUUGGUUUGGGCAGUGGUAUGCUGUUCAAUGGAUGAUAAUUGUUUACUUACUGAGGUGAAGGGCCUUAGUUUUUCUGGGACUCAGUUAUAUCUGAAAUCACACCCUACCCCAAAACAUGUAAUUUCUUGGCAUAAAGUAUUGCAUUAGUUAAGCCAAGCAGUGCAACAUAAAAGUUAAUUAGUAGAAGUAUUCAUGAUGUUUUGAGACAUUUUCACCCCAUGACAGAAUUCUGUAGGUCAUUUCUUUUCAAUAACUGUUGCAUUUUAUGGAAAAAACA